AUGGCUACCUUGGAGCCCAUUCCUCGUACCCAAAAAGCCGCCGUCUUCGAUGAGCACAAUGGCAAGGUCCAUAUAAGAGAGAUCCCCGUCCCCGAACUUGGCCCUGAUGACAUCCUGGUCAAGAUCAUCUACUCCGGUGUCUGCCACACCGAUCUUCACGUCUGGCUGGGAGAUUUCCCAUUGAAGGCCAAGACCCCUCCACUUGUUGGUGGUCACGAAGGUGCUGGAAUUGUCGUUAAGUUGGGAACCAACGUCACCAACUUCAAGUUGGGAGAUCGUGCUGGUGUUAAGGUAGGUCUGCUUAAGAAGUUAUGACAAUGGCGUGGUAUACACGGCCUGAGUAACGUCAAGAUCCUACAAAAGUCUCACACUUUCGUUUUUAGUGGAUCAACUCUUCCUGCUUAUGUUGUGAGCAAUGUAAGCGCGGAUUCGAACCCAACUGUGAGAAACUCGUCCUUUCCGGAUUCCAUCGCGAUGGAUCCUUCCAACAAUAUGCCGCCGUCAAGGGAACUGAAGCCGCUCCGAUCCCAGAAGGCGUUGACAUGGCCCUAGUCGCUCCAAUCCUUUGUGCCGUAAGUUGAUGACCAUAUCGGGGUAAAAAUUAAUUUAAAAAGUUAAGGGUUAACACUUCGCCCACACAGAAUUGGAAAAUUAGGUUCUGAGAUUUUCCGAUGACAAAAAGUUCAAAAUUGAAACGAAGAAGAUAAAAUCAGGUUUAAAACCCCUUUUCGGCAACAGCAAAGAAUUUAGAGCGGUAUCACGGAUAUCACAUUUUCAGGGUCUGACCGCCUACAAAGCCCUCAAAGAAUCAGAAGUCCGACCCGGCGAAAUCGUUGCCAUCACUGGUGCCGGCGGUGGCCUCGGAACCCUCGCCGUCCAAUACGCCAAAGCCAUGGGCAUGCGGGUCUUGGCCAUUGAGAACGGGGCCAAAGAACAGCAUUGCCGCAGCAUGGGAGCCGACUACUUCCUCGACCCCUUCAAGACCAACGACAUUGUCAGUGCGGUUCAGCUGCUGACCGAGGGCGGUCCCCACGGAAUGUGCAACUUUGCCCCAUCCAAGGUGCCGGUUGAGGAUGCGAUCCGCUAUAUUCGCCCACGAGGAACGGUUGUCAUGGUUGCCUUGCCCAGAGAUUCGAAGGUCACGUUCGAGGCCUUCUUCGCCAUCAUCCGCACCAUCAAGAUCCGCGGCUCGCACGUCGGCAACCGUCAGGACAUGGACGAAGCCCUGCGCUUCUUCGCUCGUGGCCAAGUCAAGAUCCCAUGCGAAGUGGUCCCAUUGGAUCAACUCCCCAAAGUCUACGACAGAAUGCUGAACAACCAGAUCAACGGCCGUAUUGUUUUGGACUUGUGGAAGUAA